AUGACCGACGACCAUCUGAAUCCCGCCUCAAGAGCAUUCCCGGUCAAGAUCCCCUCGGACGAUACCGUCGGUGACCUCAAGGAGCUCAUCAAGGCUAAGAAGGCUGCCGCCUUCAACGACAUCGAUGCGAACGAAAUCACGCUCUGGCACGUCUCGAUCCUAGUAGUUGCUAUCAAGAAUGUCUUUCUUGACAAGAUUAUUUCCAAAGAGAAGCCCUUCCCAACAACUCGUCUUUCCAAAGUGUUCCCCAAGGACCUGCCUGAAGAAGCAAUCCACAUCAUUGUGCAGCGAACACAGCCAGAGCUCUCCGCUCGCGCCACUCCACCUCCUGGUCCUCCCAUUUCUUCCGAGAAAUGGCAAGGACUUAUUGAAAAGACUGAAGGCGACUUCUUUGCUCCUGACUCGGCCAAUUACACGAGCCUCGUCCGAUUCCUGAAAGCCGACUAG